AUGGCUACCACUACUAGAACCACACAGCACGCUCUGAGAGCCCUCCGUGCUUCGUCAACCCGUCCCUACGCCUCGUUUGCUUACCGCACCUAUGCGUCUGCUGCUGAGCCAGACCUCAAGGCCACUCUGCAGUCGAUCAUUCCUGAAAAGCGGGAGCUGCUGAAGCAGGUCAAAGCUCAUGCAGACAAGAAGAUUGGCGAUGUCACAGUUGGCCAGGUCAUCGGUGGAAUGAGAACCCUCAAGUCGAUGGUUUGGGAAGGCUCUGUUCUUGAUGCCAACGAGGGCAUUCGAUUCCAUGGCCGAACAAUUGCCGAUUGCCAGAAGGAGCUUCCCAAGGGCACCUCUGGCACCGAGAUGCUCCCCGAAGCCAUGUUUUGGCUCCUGUUGACCGGUCAAGUGCCUUCCACAACCCAGGUCAGAACCUUCUCUCGUGAGCUCGCCGAGAAAUCCGACCUGCCUGCUCAUGUCGUCACCCUGCUUCGUGGCUUUGACAAGAAUGUCCAUCCCAUGACCCAGCUGGCCAUUGCCGUUGCCGCCUUGAACACCGAGUCCAAGUUUGCUACCAAAUAUGCCGAGGGCCUCAACAAGGCCGACUACUGGGAGCCUACAUUCGAGGACUCCGUGAACCUAUUGGCCAAGCUGCCUCGUGUUGCUGCUGCCAUCUUCGACAAGGCUGCCCUUGACAUCAAAAUCGACAAGGACCAGGACUGGGCCUACAACUUUGCCCACCUGUUAGGAAAGCCAGGGAAGGACAACGAGGGCUUCCAAGACCUGCUCCGUCUCUACCUUGCUCUCCACGGUGAUCACGAAGGUGGCAAUGUCUCUGCCCACGCAACCCACCUGGUUGGCUCAGCCCUCUCCGACCCCUAUCUGUCUUACUCCGCAGGUCUCUUGGGUCUGGCAGGUCCUCUCCACGGCCUCGCUGCCCAAGAGGUCCUCCGCUGGAUUCUAAAGAUGCAGUCCCAGAUCGGAGAGAACUUCUCCGACAAGGACGUCAGCGACUACCUGUGGGCGACCCUGAAAUCCGGCCAAGUCGUUCCUGGCUACGGUCAUGGGGUGUUGCGCAAGCCUGAUCCACGCUUCAAGGCUCUCCUCGACUUCGGUGAUGCCCGUCAAGAUAUCUCAAACAACCCGGUCUACCGCCUGGUCAAGAAAAACAGCGAGAUCGCCCCCGGUGUGUUGACCGAGCACGGAAAGACCAAGAACCCCCAUCCCAAUGUCGACAGCGCCUCAGGUGUUCUGUUCCACCACUACGGCUUCCGUGAUCCUCUAUACUACACCGUUACCUUCGGCGUCAGCAGAGGCCUCGGUCCCCUUGCCCAACUGAUCUGGGACCGUGCCCUGGGCAUGCCAAUCGAAAGACCCAAGAGCAUCAACCUCGAAGGUCUAUUGAAGCUCGUGUAA